UUUGACUCCUUCUCUCUCUCUCUCUCUCUCUCCCAGUCUGCGCGUCUGCUCCUUCAGUAGUCCUCCCGUUAUAUUUAUCUACUAAUCUCUCAAGUCUCCAAAUUCUUCAGUUUCAAACAUACCCACCCCAGUAACCAGCACAUUUUCCUUCUUUUUUUUUUCUAAUAUAUCAAGUCUCAACCGCUCAAGCAAUACUUCUGCCUUCUGCAGAAGCAAUUGAAUGCCCAUUAUAUAUAGUAUAAUAUAUUAGAUAGAUUGGAAUAAGAGGGAACAAUCUCACAAAGUGAAGGAAAGAGAGAGAGGAAGAAAUCAUGGCGGGAGGAGGGACGACGUUGGAGUUCACGCCAACGUGGGUUGUCGCUUGUGUUUGUACUAUUAUCGUCGCCAUUUCUCUUGCCGUCGAGCGGAUCCUUCACUUCACUGGAAAGUACUUGAAGAAGAAGAACCAGAAACCUCUCUUUGAAGCCUUGCAGAAAGUAAAAGAAGAACUGAUGCUUUUGGGGUUCAUAUCUCUUCUGCUGACGGUUUUUCAAGAUAGAAUUUCUAAAUUCUGCAUCUCCGAAAGUUUAGCUCACCAUAUGCUUCCAUGUAAGCUGACGAGUGACAGUAAAACGUCAUCCACCGCACAUUAUCAAAGUUUCUUCCUGCCCUUUGUCUCCGGGACUGGCAGGCGCCUCCUCGCCGAAGGAUCCAAUUCCGAUUACUGCACGAAGAAGGGUGAGGUCCCACUUUUAUCUAUCACUGCAUUGCAUCAUCUUCACAUCUUUAUCUUUGUAUUAGCAAUUGUCCACGUGACUUUCUGUGCUCUUACCAUUGUUUUUGGAGGAGCAAAGAUACGCCAAUGGAAACAUUGGGAGGACUCUAUUUCAAACGAUAAGUCUCAUGAAGAUGAGGUUGUGAAGUCAAAGGUCACUCAUGUCCAUGAACACGCGUUCAUCAAGGAUCAUUUUCAGGGUAUUGGAAAAGACUCAGCUUUUCUAGGUUGGGUGCAUUCUUUUUUCAAGCAAUUUUAUGGAUCGGUGACCAAAUCAGAUUACAUCACACUGCGGUUGGGUUUCAUUAUGACUCAUUGCAGGGGGAACCCACGGUUUAAUUUUCACAAGUACAUGAUUCGUGCCCUUGAAGCUGAUUUUAAAAGAGUUGUUGGCAUAAGUUGGUAUCUUUGGUUAUUUGUGGUCAUUUUUUUAUUGCUGAAUGUUGAUGGUUGGCAUACAUACUUUUGGAUAGCAUUCAUUCCAUUUAUUCUUUUACUUGCUGUGGGCACGAAGCUGGAGCAUGUGAUAGCCCAGUUGGCACAUGAGGUUGCUGAGAAACAUGUAGCAGUAGAAGGAGAAUUGAUUGUUCAACCAUCAGAUGAUCACUUCUGGUUCCAUCGGCCCCAGAUUGUUCUGUUUUUAAUUCAUAUAAUUCUCUUCCAGAAUGCCUUUGAGAUUGCAUUUUUCUUCUGGAUAUGGGUUCAAUAUGGCUUUGACUCCUGCAUCAUGGGACAAGUCUGCUACAUUAUCCCGAGACUGGUUAUAGGGGUGUUCAUCCAGAUAUUAUGCAGUUACAGCACGCUGCCACUUUAUGCCAUUGUCACUCAGAUGGGAAGUUCAUUUAAAAAGAGUAUAUUUGAUGAGCAUGUGCAAGAAGGCCUAGUUGGCUGGGCUCGUAAUGCAAAAAAGAAAAUGGGUGCAAAAGCAGGUGCUAAAGGCUCUAUUGCGGGAAUCCAGUUGGGGGAGAAGGUAAGGCAGAGAGAAUCUGCAAUGGAAGAAGGGAAGGCAGUGAUUGAGUCCUCAAGUAUCUCAGAGUCAGAAGGGCCCAAAUGAAACAGCCCCAUCAGCAGCAGACACAGAACAUGUCACAAGAGUUGGUUCCCUAAUCUCAAUCUACUGUAGUUUUUCAGGUCAAAUAGAGGGUUCUUUAGUUCAGACAAGCCCCAUAGCUUGUAGCUUCUCUCUAUAUAAUAUAUUUUCUUCCAUAAAUACAAAUGAUUUAUGUAACAUAUUUUGAACAUCUAAGCUAUUGAAAGCAAAUAUCUGAUUGCAGUAGUGUUAUCUAGUUCA